AACUAGUCCGCUCCCCUGUAUCCCGCUAUCCCGAGGCAUACAUACUGAAUCGACCUAAUCUUCUCCACAGAAACACCUUUGUCCAUACAGGCUCAUUAAUUAUUGCCUAGCGGAGAGAACUUUUAAAUGCCCCCCAAAAUUGGACCACGGCCACGUCAUGAGCAUCAGACAAGCACCCGUUCUCGAGCAAGAGUUUUCCACAGUCCAGAGCCUUAAAUAAAUAGGGACAAAUUCACUCGCUGCACAAGUAGAUAGACCGUAAGUAUAGCAAGCCAUUGUCCACUCAGUCUCCGGCUCAGAUCUUCUGAACUAUUCCCGUCUCUCAACUCUCUCCAACAACAAUGAGAACUUCUUCGUUUUAUCUCCUGGCCGGGAUGCUGCUCGGCCGAACCGCCCACAGCCAGCAGCUCAGUUAUGACGACAGCAUCCAAGCGCUGGCUUACGGCAACAUCGCCACCUCUGUGGAAUCGCGCGGCUAUGCCUGGCUGAACAUCGCCGGCUUCGCGGAGACUGAACUCCCGCAUAUUCAGGCGGAUGUGGGCAUCCACUCCCUGGACAAUGCGUGCGAGCUGCAGGUGAUCGCGAAUCUGGUGCAAAGCGCCGCGAGGAGGGGACUUUGGGGCGACCUCGUGUUCCUGUAUAACAUCUUCUCAAUGAAUGCGCACCCCGCGUACGCCAACGUAGCGAGCACACAGAUGCAGACCAGCCUGCUGGAUGCAGUACGCGGUAAGGGUUCCACGGGCAGCGGGCCGGACGAGCGCUUGAUCGAGCUCUAUGCCAGCACAUCGAGCGCGCCGGACUUAGAGGCGGCGUACCGCGUUCUCCCGCCAUCUUUCGGAGUUCAAUAGUCUAUGCUUAUGUGCAUACAAUGACAGAGAUGACAUAUACUAUGUGGCGGAUGUCACUAGUUCCAUUAAGGUCUAUGAUCUACCUACAAG